AUGGUUAAUAUGGCGUUGUGUUUUUCUGAAACAGAUUUUAUAACUCCAACAUCACCAGCAUUCGUCCAAAUUAUUCCGUCACCAAAUGGACAUAUAUUAUCUUUAUAUAAAAUCUUUUAUAAACUUCAAGAGGUUGAGCAGGAUUUUAUUUUUGCUUCAAUUGAUAACUUCAUUUAUUUACCGAAUAUGACCGAAACAUUUCAUAUCACUCAGAAUACACUGUUUAAAAUUACAUUUCAAGGUGGAAUGGCGAAUUGGGGUCAGACACUAGAUCAAUAUGUUCACACUAUGGUUAAUGAUUAUUUAAUUAUUCAUAAUUAUCUUUUACCAUAA